GAAAUUGAUUUACCGGAUGUUGUUGUCAGCUGACCUGACUUCCUCAUACAUUCGUGCUGGUGCAUUUGAUCAUCUUGGGGUAGAAAAAUUAUAACAUGUCUGCGAAACCGACCUGCUUGAUAGUGGCCAGCGCGUCUCCUCAAGGGGUCUCGGCCAAGUCUUUUCUGCAGUGCUUCAGUCUUUGCAGCACCGCCUUCAACCUGCAGACCGCCACACCAGGGGGGAAGACGAUAGACUUCGUGGGAGUGGAUGAAAGCACAGCCAGAUGGGUACAGGACUUUAACGUGAAGUCUUAUGCAACACCAGCCAAACUGGAAUCUAUAGAUGGUGCCAGAUACCAGGCGCUGCUCAUCCCAGACUGCCCCGGAGCGCCCAAUGACCUGGCGCACAGCGGCUCCAUGCACCGGAUUCUCACACAGUUCAUCUCCCAGCAAAAGCCCGUGUGCGCUGUUGGACAGGGAGUGUCGGCGCUGUGCUGUGCCACCGAGGGCCAGAGGUGGAUUUUCGGUGGUUACAGCUUAACAGGGCCGUCUGUGUUUGAACUGGUGCGUCAGCCCGACUUCGCCAACCUUCCUCUUAUUGUGGAGGAUUUUGUGAAGGACAGCGGCGGGUCUUACACAGCGAGUCAAGAAGACGCCGUGCACGUGGUUGUCGACAGGCACCUAAUAACGGGACAGAAUCUGCAGUCGACGUCGCUGGCUGUGAAUAAUCUCAUCCUGCUUUGUAAUGCCAAAUAAAGGUCACCCUGUGUCUGGA